UCUUCCUCUGUUGGUUUACAGCAAUCGUUUUGUUGUCGAAAAUUUCCACCGUGAAAAGUUCAUCUUCAGGACAUAGAAUCCAGACGUUUGUUUCUGCUCGAUGUGACAUUCACACCCUCCUGCUGCCAUCCACACAUCACGGUACCCCCGAAAAGCUGCAGUCGAGUAAAAUGUCUUCAGAGGGAGUAGUGGCAACAGUUGGAGCCAGGUUACAUCGCCUCUCCACCUGGUUUGACCCUGAAACUGCCGGGGUGGUGACCAUCCUCUUGGGGCUCUUCCAGGUGGUGCUGUCAGUCCCCCUCGCGUAUGCUGAUCAUAUUCUGCCAAAACUCUUCAUAAUGCCGAUUGUCUUAGGAGUUCUCAUUGUGACAGGAGGAUCAUUCACCAUGGCCAAUGUGAAGAACCCCAGCAGACAACUGCUUCGAGGUUGUGCCUACAGUAAUGUGCUUGGCCUGCUGGGGACACUGCUUGCCUUCUGCCUGUACUGUUACAGCCUCAGCCUUGUGAAAAACGAAGAUGUGUGUGUGAUCGAUUCCUCAGACCAUUACUACAGACGAGCAUAUUAUGGAUGUCCUGGGGAACUCCUGACUGCUUACUGCUGGAGUUUGAUUCUUCUCUUGGUUCUCUAUGACCUAGUGGCAGUGGUCCUGCACGGCCUUCUGUCUGUUUCUGCCCUCAACGCGCUUAAAACAGACUAACACACACACACACAGAGUGUAACAGCAGCAGCAGAGAAUAAAGUCUUGUGAGCACUGUCAGCAUGAAAGACAAUAAAUCUAAAAAUUAUAUUUGAGAAAGCACAUCACAUCGUCUCUCAGAAAAUGACGGACCUUAUUAAGCCCUAUGAGAGAAAGGUUAGGUCAUCAGUUUAACCAUUAACAAUAACUCUCAGUGUUUUGGCCAACAAUAGGUGAAAAUAAGAUUAUUAUUUUCAUAGCAUCUUUAUAUUGACAAACAUCUACUUAUUGCACAUUUAUUAGUAUUGAUGUAUAUAUUCUGGUUUAUACAUAAUAGAACAAAACAGAAAUACCAACUAGGCCUGGGAUGAUUUAGAAACAGCCUCCGUCACAGAAGUCCUCCACUGGAUAGCACUGCUGAGUUGAUUCUCACACUGUGUAAAAAGUAUGUCUCUAGUUCAUUAUUAACAAACACAGGUCAAAUCUAGGGGAUCUGUACCAAAAUCCUAUGAUGGUGAUGGUUUGACAUUGUGGUUUUUAGGUUUGACUGUAUUUGAGAAGCAAAUAUUUGUAAUUGCUGAUAAUAGCAUCAGCCGUCAUAACAAAGUAUCCGUUGGGUUAUUUCAAUUAUGUCACACAAAUUGUUUCACUGUUGUCGGUCUCUGACUUCACCUAAUGAUCAAGAGAAAACUGUAAUACCAUUCUUAACAGACGUCACACAUUAUUAAAAAGGUUUUGUUUGACAUCGUGGAACACAGCCUACACUUAAGUGGUUUCUUGCUGAGACAAGGAGACAACUCUUAUGUUUUGACCUGUUAAUGUGCAUGGAGCAGAGGUUAGAAGGUUAGUUUAGCAUGAAGACUGGAACCAGAAGGAAACAGCCUGUUUCUGUUCAGACAAAAAACACCAACUCCAAGUAGGAUGUCUGCCACUUGGGUGCAGAAUAUACAUAUAAGAAAAGCAACAUGAUAAUUUUAUGUUUAAAUCUUAUCCCAAUGCCCCCUAUCUUUGAGCUCUGUUUUGGUCUCUAUCAACUUCCUGCCUAUUAAGCUGCUUAAUCCUCCACUGUGAUCAGAGGUGCCUUUCAAAUAUGGUACUGCGCAGGUUGUAUACAAUUGCUUUAUGGAUUCAACAACAAGCGUACAGUAGGCAGAGGGUUUGAUAAAUGACAUACAUGAUGGGCAUGAUUAGCUAGUAACCCCACACUGAUUUUCCAUGCAAACUGAGUUUUCCAAAAUUAUUUGAACUGGCCAAUGAACAGGAAAAGGCAGGGACAAAAAAAUGUUUAUCCAGAUUAUUUAUGUUAAGAUAAAGAAGAGGAUAAUAACUUGCAAAAUGUAUUUUUAUUUCAACUUUUUCUCUGAAUUUUCAAUCUCCUUAUCUGAAACUGAAAUGCUUGCAAUAAAUUCCGAGAAGUGAUAGCUUAUUGUGUGGUACCUGUACUUGCCUGUAAAGCACCUCUCUCAAAGUUAAUCUUUUCAUGGGGGGAAAUAUGAAUAAUAGUCAAAAUCAGUAAACUUACCCUGAAUCUGUGCAUGUUUUUCACAUAUAGCAGAUACUUUAAUUGGCUUUGGAUUACUGUGAUUAACCAUAAUCUACAAUUCCCUUUUCGUCUGGUGUUUUACAUUUUGUAUACGUUUUUCAUGAUUUUAUAACAAAUCAAAUUAUCAUUGAGAUAAGAUAGAUCAUCUCUGCACCUCUGUAUUUUUCCACUUAAUUAUCAUGUGGUCCUCGUGUUUUUAACCUCACUAGUCAUGGGAGGACAAUUUGACAAAUCCACUAAACAUUACGUGUAUUUCUUGCAUGUCUGAAGGCUGCAAUAGAUUACAUGUGAACUAUAUUCUGGUUUUGCUCUAAAUGUGUCCUCACUCUGUAUAUAUAAAAUACAUGUCUGAAUCCACUAGUGUUUGAUGUUUAUGAGAAAUAAAGCGUCGUGAAGACUGAUGGUUAUUUUCCA